AUGUCUAUCUUCGGAUUAUUUAUUCUCGCAUGCACCCCGGAUAAGCACCUUGAACGCAAAGCAUUCAAGAAGACUGAGGCCAGGAUGAAGUUACAAGAGGAGGCUCUCGAGAAAUCCAGACAUCUCUACUACAGAGUUGGAGGAUUCCGAUGA